AUGGCCUCCACUAUGCCGUUUGUACCUCUCAGUACCACCCCCGACGGCACUAUGUACAUAGUUCAAACUGUUAUAUUGUUUAUCAUGUCUAUGUCUUGGUAUGUUCACACUGUGUCACAAGUGUCACACCCUACCACAACCUACCACCUAUCCGUGACACUCCACACGCACACGCCACCGAUGCUAGAUGCAAUCAAAGCCCACAACGCCUCUACCCGCACAGACAGCGACACUUUUUCGAGCUCGGGCCAAUUUCACCACAGCAUAAUAGGGCCGUACCCGACAAACCCCACCACACAACCUAUUAAGCGCAACGUGAUGCUCAUAUAUAAGUUAGAUGGGAAAGGGAGCGGUAAAAUAAAUAGCACAAUGACCUACGUAGCAGACUUCCAUAAACCUGUAAAAUGA